AUCCUGUAGCCCAGUUGGGAGUCCCACCUGCUCACGCUGACAGCCUCUCCAGGAUCGACAUAACCUACCUGCUUCCUCAGCCUGACAAAAUGAUGCUCAGAAGGGAUUGGGCACCUCUUGGUGUGAAAAUAGCCAUCCUAUUGGUUCUCUGCCUCCACCUUCCAGGUGUGGCACCCAGGAGCAUCGAGCUUCCUGAAGGGGGUGCCCCAGACACUUCGGCACAGCCCGAGUGGGAGUCCUUAGAAAAUGAGGUGUCAUCAGAAGUCACAGCUGCUGACGAGGAAGAAAUCUUGAAGCCCUUGGUUGAGUACCUUGAGAAGAACCGGGAGAUGAGGCGUAUCUCCCCAGAUGUUCUGUGGUCAUGGAUCCCUGCAUUGCGGGAUCUCAUCCGCACAACCACUACAAGGCCUCCAAGAUCACCCACUAAGCCAACACCAUCCAUGCCUGUCGACACACCCAUCCCGGAGACAAGUACCCCUUCCCAGCCAGCUGAUGUCCAACCCACUGUACCUGAGACCCUGUCCUCAGCCCAGCCACCAUUCUCAGAGAGCUCUGUCUCCAUCCCGCCUGCUGUGUCUGAUACCCAGCCACCACACGUGGGAAUCCCGCUCACAGUCCAGCCCAGAACCCUACCCCUGUCUACCUCUGGGAUGCCAGACAGUGAGGAACUGGAGUCAUCAACAGAGAAAGUGGACAACUAAUUGUGACUGGGAGACAGGUCUCCUGGGUUCUCUCUCAGCUCUGGGGGUCUGGUGGGUCGGAGCAGGGACAGGCCAGACAGUCAGGACUCCUAGGCUCUUUUUUUCCUUUGUACCGCUGAGAUCUGGUUAUUAUAAAAGGGUGCUGGGAAGCAGGGCUUCUGGGUUCAGGGUUUCUUUACUGUGCCCCGACCUCAGCACAAUGUCAAUGCCAUCAUCCAUGGGAUCUCCCUGGCAGCACCUGCCCCUGAAGGGCAGAAAGUGACAGGGAACCAUAGCUAUUGGUCCAGAUGCCUGCACAUGGAUGGUGGGAGGGGGGGGCGGGGAUUUCUAGGCACCUCCUGAUAGCCACUUGCACUAUGCAAUCUGUACUCAGUAAUAAAGAUCUCA